AUGCCAGGAAUGUGAUCGCGAAACGACCAUACCUCAAUUCAAACUGCAGCGUAAGCGCGAUCAACAUCGCCAUCGCGACACCUCUGUACAAUGGCCCAUUGUCACCUCCUUCAUUAUCGCCCGACUGCCCUCGAAGGCGCGUCAGGAUGAGCGCUUCUGCGACAGCACCGAGCUCAGACGUCAAAGUCGACGACAGCGUUUUCUUCUACAAUGGCGACAACCACAAGAUCGUCUGCAAGUCUUGGAGGGGCGAAUCGGAACCGAGGGCGCUCGUAUUCCUGGCGCACGGUUACGCAGAGCACUGCCACGGCCCCAGCUACGACAACUUGGCCCGGGCCUUGGUAGGACUCGGCUGCUACGUGUUCGCUCACGACCACGUCGGCCACGGCAUGAGCGAAGGGCGUCGUGCGAUGGUCAAGUCCGCCGACGUGUACGUCGACGACAUCCUCAAGCACGUGGACACAGAGCGGUCAAAGUUCUCCAACAGGCCUGUCUACCUCGUGGGCCAUUCCAUGGGUGGACUGCUGGCGGUCAUCGCAGCGCAACGAAGGCGCGACGAUUUCGCCGGCCUCGUUCUGGUGGCACCUUUACUCGGAGUCGACAAGGAACUGGACACCUGCUUCAGGAGGACCAUGGCUCGCGUUCUCGGUUUCGUCUUGCCGGCGUUUCCCGUGGGGUCUCUUGACCCGGAGCUGCUGUCCAGGGACCCCGAGGCCAAGCGUCGCUUCGCGAGCGACCCACUCCGCUACCACGGCAGCGCCUCUGCCGGAUGGGCGGCGGCCAUGAUCACUGCGCUCGAGGCUGCAGUGGAACACGCAAACUCCGUGGAGCUGCCGCUUCUCGUACAGCACGGUUCUGCCGACAAGGUCUGCGACCCGGAAGGCUCGAAGGUGUUCUUCGAUAAAGCUCCCAGCAAGGAUAAGACCAUGAAGACCUAUCCUGGAGCGUACCACGACCUCUUGUGCGAACCCGAAGACGUUCGGCAGCAGGUACUCAAAGACAUUGUCGAUUGGCUCACGGCAAGGCUCUCCCCAGAGCAGACCUCUUCCGGACAAGGUGAUCCAUCGGCGCAACAUUAAGAAUCGACAAGCGGCUGGAGACAAGAAAAAGAAGGCUGCGUUGUCGCCGGGAUAGGAUCAAUUUCUGCUUUCUAGUACAUUUGGGCAUGAUCAGUACACAGUUCGCGCUGGUUAACAAAGGCGCUAAUUACGAUGUUUUAUCACCGCGUUGAUAUAGGACUUGAUAAGCUGGUUUACGGCAGGUAUUAAGCAUGAUUUCGCUCGUGGAAUACAAGGCUAUAAAAUUAGUUAAGCCACAGACUUACGUGCCACACUGUGUUCCAUCCCCACCGCGGCGGCUGCAUUUCUAUGCGGGCGAAUUGCAAAAGCGCUAGUGUACUUAGAUAUACGUGCACUUUAAGGAGCCCCCAACCCGCCGUGGCUGCUUAGUGGCUAUGGUGUUGGGCUGCUAAGCACGAGGUCGCGGUAUCGAAUCCCGGCCGCGGCGGCCGCAUUUCGUUGGAGGCGCAAUGCGAAAACACCCAGUUGUACUCAGAUUUAGGUGCACGUUAGUGAACCCUAGGUGGUGCAAAUUAUUCCGGAGUCCCCCACUACGGCGUGACCCAUAAUCCAAUCGUGGUUCUGGCACUUAAUGACUCAUAAUUUAUCUUUAAAUUAAAGAGCCCCAGAUGUUCAUAAUUAAUCCGAAGUCCCCCCACUACACCAUGCCCCAUAAUCAGAUUGUUGUUUCGGCACGUAAGGCCUUAAAAUCUAGUUAAAUUAUUUGAUAUAUCAGAUGACGUUGAUGGGUUAUCAUGACUUUGCGCAUGUUCUACAGCUGAGGUCAAUUUUCAGCACAUUCUUUUCCUUUGUUCUUGUUUUUCUGAGUUUUCUUUUUCUUUCUAUAGGGCAUGUACAAGUGCUCUGGUCAAAUAAAGGCUUACUUGCGAGUU